GCUGGUUCCUGACGCACUUUCUGCCGGUGGGAGGGGAACUAGGGACCCGAGCCCACUGGUGACGUUUUUCUCACGUGAUCAGGAGCCGAUGUGUGCAGAAGUCCCUCUCCUCCAGGUACCAGCUCCCUAAUUUCGUGGAGGAAGACAGAAUUCAGACUGAGGGACAGAGGGGGCAACAGUCCUAUAGCCCUGCAGGUCUUCAGGUCUGUGGUUGUGGGCACCAACCCAGACAAGAAAAGGAAAGACCUGCAGUAUCAGUGCAGCACAGGCAAAGAAGGGAAAAUCUCAACAUGGAAAAGCUCUACAAGGAAAAUGAAGGAAAGCCAGAAAACGAAGGAAAUCUAGAAAAUGAGGGAAAGCCAGAAGAUGAAGGAAGUACAGAAGAUGAAGGAAAUGGAGACGAGAAAAAUACCAAAGUGGAGAAGAAGCCAGAAUACAAGGCAAAGCUAGAGGAUGAGGGACAGCCAGAUGACAAGGAACAACGGGAAGAUGAGGGAAAGCAAGCAAAGCAGGGAAAGUCCGAAGGUGAGGGCAAGCCAGAAUCCCAGGCAAAGCCAGAGAGCCAGCCGCAGACCGCGGAAAAGCGCCCAGCUGAGGAUUAUGUGCCCCGGAAAGCAAAGAGAAAAACGGACAGGGGGACGACGGACGAUUCCCCCAGGAACUCUCAGGAGGACUUACAGGAAAAGCAUUUGAGCAGUGAGGAGAUGAUGAGAGAAUGUGGAGAUGUGUCAAGAGCCCAGGAGGAGCUAAGGAAAAAGCAGAAAAUGAGUGGUUUUCAUUGGAUGCAGAGAGAUGUACAGGAUCCAUUCUCCCCAAGGGGCCAACGGGGCGUCAGGGGAGUGAGGGGCGGAGGUAGGGGCCAGAAGGACUUAGAAGAUGCUCCAUAUGUUUAAUGUCUUUGGCCUUUAAUUCCGAUUUCUCUGAUGGGAAUAUUGCCAGUCCUGCUUUCCCUGGCAGGCAUUUGCCGGGUAUGUGCUUUAACCUUAUGCUGAUACUUUCCUUUAGGUGUCACUCUUGUUACCAGCAGACUUUUGACCCACCUACGGCGCUCUUUUAGUAGAGGAUUUUCACCCAUGUGCAUGGAAGAGAUGUUCAUGGUACAUUGUAAAAUAAUAAUAAAAAAAACAAUUUUCAGAAC